AUUGUGGGCCCAAGGCAUGGGCAGUGCUCAAGGACCUGCACGCUCCGACAUCGGUUGCCACUUCUCUCAUGCUGGAUCGGGAGUUGUCCAUGCUGCGGUUGAGCGAGAAUGAACCUGUGCAGCCCGUACUGGACAAGAUGAGGGAACUCUACGCGAAAUUGGCGAUUGCUGGCAUCACGUACCCCGAGCAGACUAAGUGUCUCAAGAUGCUCAGCCUGCUGCCCGAGUCUUGGCUGCAAUUUAUAAGCGGACUCAGCUUGCCACAAAACCAAAGUCAAUGGACAUUGGAGUGGAUUCGCACCAAGAUUCUGGAAGAAGAUUUUCGUUGCUAUACACUGCGCGGAGGUGAUGACAGCACCAGCGGCUAUGCCAUGCAAGGGACAUGGAGAGAUCGAGGGCGUGGCAAUCGCGGUCGCUCUUACUACAACCAAGGUGGUCGCGGGACUUGGAACCAGCGGGGGCAUGGUGGCGCUGGUGCAAGAGGAAGAGGUGGUCACUCAAACAACGAUAACAGUGAACCACGCUUGAGGGGAGAGUGCUGGUAUUGCAAGGAAGAAGGGCAUCCAUGGUUUCGCUGCUCUACCAAGCCCGACUGGUGGACCCCUUGGAACCAAUCGCAAAAGGGGAAUGGAGGAAAGCAACCACAUGGAGGUGCCAAUAUGGUAGCUGAUCCUGCUGAAGAAACCUCCAAGGACGACAGAGGAAUGGGAAAUGAGGAGAGGAAUGCUGGACAGUUCUACCAUGUGUGUGACAAAGAUGACAGUGGCACAGCUGUUGAAAGAGGUGCAGAAGAAGAACUCCACCCGCUUGACAUGUGGGUCAUGGACUCUGGUGCUGCAUGGACAAUGACACCACGCAAGGACUUGCUGGAUGCUGUGCGAGCGCCUCCAAUCUCCGAAGUGCGCUCAGCAUCUGGACAUGCAGUGAAGGUCGCUGGAGUUGGUCGAGCUGCAUUCAGAGCACCUGAUGGUGGACUGGUUGUGCUGAAGGACGUGUUACUCGUACCGGGGCUGAAGGCCAAUCUGAUAUCGCUGCGCAAGCUAGGCCAGGCCGGAGUCAGCACCACCACCAAUGGAUCCAAAACAUUCAAGGGGCUGCGAGGAGAUCGUGUGUUAUGGGAUUUACACGAAAGCAGAGAUGUCUUCAGAUCCAUGUGGCACAUCCCUGCGCUGAUAUGGGAAUCAACAAAGAAGGAGUUGGGAGCAGUAAAGGCAGGAUCUGGAGUCCAGGGGGAGUGCAAUGCAGUUAGUGCUGCAGGAGUGACGGUUUCUGCAAGGUCGGGGGAGACUGAUUGGGAAACCGCACACAAGCGUCUAGGGCAUGUGGCUAUGCCAUUGCUGCAGCAACUGCAUAAGGAAGAAGCAGUAAAGGGGCUGAAGCUUUCUGGGCAACCAAAUGAUACCAAGUGCGAGACGUGUCUGCUGAGCAAGUUCACACGGUUCCCCUUUCACGGCGUAGCUGGGAAAAGCAAGGCAGCACUGGAACUGGUGCACAUGGACCUGGUAGGACCUUUUCCAGUUCAAGGAAGAAAGGGGGAAAGAUACUUCCUAACAAUAGUUGAUGACUGGAGUCGGCUGAUGUGGGCAUACCCGUUGAAGCAGAAGGAUCAUGCUGCCUCAACAAUACGAGAUGACUGGCUGCCGUUCGUCGAGCGACAAUCUGGGCACCCAUGCAAGAGCAUCAGAACUGACCGAGGUGGAGAGUUUCUAGGAGGAGAUCUGACUGCGUGGCUCAAGAAACAAGGCAUUGAGCAUCAGCUAACGACGUCCUAUACCCCUCAGUCAAAUGGCGUUGCUGAGAGGGCUAAUAGGACCAUCCUGGAAACUGCGCGAGCGCUGCUGAUCGAAUCAGGGCUGGGGAACUCCACGUGGCCUCAUGCGGUGAGGCAUGCUACAGUGGCAAGGAACCGCGUACUCACAAAGGUGGCUGAUGAUAUGUGGGUGCCGCUGGAGAGGUGGCUUGGAAAGAAGCCUCCAGUGGACAUGCUUAGAGUGUUCGGAUGCAUGGCAGUGGCGCAUGUCCCUAAACCGUACAGGACAAAGCUUGGAGCAUCUGCACUGUGGUGUGUGCACCUUGGGCUUCCGGCAGAGAGCAAGGGGUGGCUACUCUGGGAGCCCUCAAAGAAUGUGCUGUUUGACAGUCGGGAUGUCAAAUUUGUGGAGAACAUCAUGUAUGGCAAGUGGGAGAAGCAGCCGGAGGCAAGGGUCAAUCAGCAGCUGGAAGAGAUCACUAUGCACUUCGAUCUGUCCGAACCUGAGGACAGCGAAGUCACUGCGCCAACGGCAAGCGGUACUGAUGAAGGAAGCAAUGAGGAUAUUGCACCUGAUGCUGAAGUCAAGGAUCUGGAGCAGCAGCAGCAAGAGGCUUCCAAAACACCAAGUCUGCCAAAGCGAAGGAAACAGAUUGGUGGGGGGACAAAGGAUUGGGUGAAGGUGAAAGAAUGGGUAAAUCCAACGCUGGUGUACUUGCCAAAUGGGAAGAAGGCAAUACAGUGCAAGUGGCUGGCAAAAAUUAAGACGGAUGAGAAAGGAGAGCCAUCAGUUUACAAGAGCAGGCUGGUGGCAAACGGGUUUCAGCAGAAAGAGAAGGAAGAUUACAAAGAAGUGUUUGCCCCAACUGCUAAGUCUCCAACGCUACGUGUGCUGCUGGCGGUAGCUGCUGUGCGCAAAUGGAAGGUGAAGCAGAUGGACAUCGUAACCGCUUUUCUGUACGGCAUUGUGGAAGAGGAGGUGUACAUGGUUCAACCACCUGGCUAUGAGGAUGGAACCGGUCGUGUCUGCAAACUUAACAAGGCCAUCUAUGGCUUGAAGCAGGCCCCGAGAUGCUGGUACAACAGGCUGGCCAGUGCACUGGAAGGGAUUGGAUUUCGUGCGAGUGCAUGCGACGAGAGCCCAUUCCUGAUGGGCGACGGGGAGUCGCUUGUGCUUUUGCUUGUGUACGUGGAUGACAUCCUGCUCUUCAGCAGCAGUGACAAGGAGAUUGAUGGGGUGCAGCGGAAGCUCACAGAGCAGUUCAAGUGCAAGUCACUUGGAGAGGCAAGGUACUACCUAGGAAUGCACAUUGAGCGGGAUACUGAACGUGGCUGGAUCAAACUGCAUCAGGGACAGUACAUCCACACCUUGGCUGAGAAGUACUCUCUGCAGGAAGAACAGACAGUGGUCACACCUUUGCCUUCCGAGUUCAAACUCAUAAAGGCAGCUGAAGGAGAAGGAGUUGAGUGUGAAGACCAGAGGCAAUUCCAAUCCAUGGUCGGGAGCCUACUCUACGCUGCUGUGCAUACUCGACCUGACAUCAGCUUUGCUGUGGGACAGCUGGCUCGAGUAGUGCAAAAUCCAACAGAAGAGCAGUAUGGUGCAGCGGAGAGAGUGUAGGCGGAUACAUCUGCAUGGUGGGAGGUGGGCCUGUAAGUUGGAGGUCCAAGAAGCAGUCUGAGACGGCACUAUCUUCAAUGGAAUCUGAGUACAUGGCGAUGUUUCAUGCGGCAAAAGAAAUCAUCUGGCUAAGGAGGCUCUUGAAGGAGAUCGGCCAUGAACAGACUUGUGCGACACCUCUGUUCAGUGAUAGCAAGAGAGCCAUUGCCAUGGCACGCAAUGUAGUUCUUCAUGGGCUGAACAAGCACAUGAGGAUUAAGUGGCAUUGGCUGAAAACUCA